AUGGGUGAUAGACAGACCUCGAAACGGUUAGUGACCGUGUUAAGACAUUCAGCAAAAGAAAUGAACAUCAAUAUCGAUAGCAAUGGGUUUGUUAAAGUAAGCGAUUUACUAAGCAUGAGAGAAUUCAGGCAUUUAACAGCAAGUGAUAUCAAACACAUCGCGGAUCACGACGAGAAAAAGAGAUAUUCCAUAAAAAAGCAAGACGGGGAAUUAAUGAUUCGAGCAAAUCAAGGCCAUUCACUUCAAGUAUGUGAUUUAAAUUUGAAACCAGUUUUAAGUGGAAGGAAUUACCCGAACGUAAUUCAUGGAACCCGUCCUCAUGCGUGGAGUGUUAUCUCACGAGAAGGUCUGAGCAAAAUGAGAAGAAUGCACAUCCAUUUCGCUAUAGGGGAACCAGGUGACCCCAGAGUGAUCAGUGGCAUGCCACCAUAUUCUGACAUAAUUAUUUAUUUGAAUCUGAAUUUGGCUUUAAGGGACGGACUGAAAUUUUUCCUGUCCGAAAACAAAGUAAUACUCACUGAAGGAGAUGAAUAUGGAUUUAUUAAGCCAAAAUAUUUCCAAAAAGUUAUUGACAAAAGAACAGGAAGUUUGUUGACCUGGUAG